AUGGAGGCCUUGAACACGACGCCGCACGGCUAUUACCCGCUUGGCGUAGAGCUGCCGCACUAUGUCGCCAACGAAAGCUCCGUUGUUUCGCUGAUUGCUCGCUUUGGCUUCCAAUGGGCGGCUGUGCUCGUCGCCUCCUAUCAGCUUUUCGGCUACCUGCGGCCAACAGCGAAACUUUCAGAUCGGAUCGCGUUUACUUGGAUGUGUUUGACCGGGUUCAUUCACCUCUUCUUCGAAGCCCAUUUCGUGUCGAACCACAAGACGCUUGCUGCCGAUCAGUCCCUGUGGUCCCAGCUAUGGAAGGAAUAUUCUCUAUCUGACUCUCGGUACUUGACGUCUGACACGUUCCUCUUGUGCAUGGAAGCUGUCACCGCGUUUGCUUGGGGUCCGUUGGCCUUCCUCAUUGCCUAUUGCAUCGUGGUGCAACACCCCGCCAGACACGCUCUGCAACUUAUAAUCUCGACCGGUCAGAUCUACGGCGACGUCCUCUACUACGCGACGAGCCUCCUCGAGAUAUCAUACUGCCGGCCAGAGCGAUACUACUUUUGGUUUUACUACUUCUUCUUCAACUUUAUCUGGAUGGUCGUGGGUUGCUAUUAUGUCAAGCAAAGUGUUACUGAGAUUUGGAGCGUCUUCGACAAAGUCAAGAAGGCCGAGAGCUUUGCGAAUAAUGAGAAGCGUUUCGCCAAGGGCGAGGAAGCCAUGGAACAGAAAAGGAAGUAG